GUUUAUGUGGAGCUUGUGGUGUAGAGUCCCUGAGGCCGUGUGAGACGCGAGAAGGAAGCUGCACUGAGGUGAUGCAGCCCUGAGGUUUGGAAAGGAGAGGAUUGCCCGGCUGCCCUGUUCUUUGUAUCCUGCUGUGUUGCCAUCAUGCCUCAAACCCGAUCCCAGACACAGGCUACAAUCAGUUUUCCCAAAAAGAAGCUAUCUCGGACUUUGAACAAAACUAAAAACUCUAGUGUCACUAAACUAGAACCAGCAAAUGUCCAGGCUAUACCCUCUUCUCCUGGUGUAAAAAUUCUGCCUCUCAGCCCUAGAAAACGUCUGGGUGAUGACAACCUAUGCAAUACUCCCCAUUUAUCUCCCUGUUCUCCACCAAAGCAAGGCAAGAAAGAGAAUGGCCCCCCUCGUUCACAUACACCUAAGGGAAGGAGACUGGUAUUUGACAAUCAGCUGACAGUUAAGUCUCCUAGCAAAAGAGAACAAGCCAAAAUUUGUCAAAACAAAAUACUUCCCUCAGUUCAAAAAGAGCAGGAGAUCAUAACAAAUUCUGAACAGAAAUGUCCAUUGGAGAAAGACUCUGCACAUUUGAAACUAUUCAAGCAAGAAGGUACUUGCUACCAGCAAGCAAAGCUUGUCCUGAAUACAGCUGUCCCAGAUCGACUGCCUGCCAGAGAAAAGGAGAUAGAUGUCAUCAAGAAUUUCCUAAGGGAACACAUCUGUGGGAAAAAAGCUGGAAGUCUUUACCUUUCUGGUGCUCCUGGAACUGGAAAAACUGCCUGCUUAAGCCGAAUUCUGCAAGACCUCAAGAAGGAAGUAAAAAACUUUAAAACUAUCGUGCUGAAUUGUAUGUCCUUGAGGAAUGCCCAGGCUGUAUUCCCAGCUAUUGCUCAGGAGAUUUGUCAGGAAGAAGUAUCCAGGCCAGCUGGGAAGGACAUGAUGAAGAAAUUGGAAAAACAUAUGACUGCAGAGAAGGGCCCCAUGAUUGUGUUGGUGUUGGACGAGAUGGAUCAACUGGACAGCAAAGGGCAGGACGUAUUAUACACGCUAUUUGAAUGGCCAUGGCUGAGCAGUUCUCGAUUGGUGCUGAUUGGUAUUGCUAAUACCCUGGAUCUCACAGACAGAAUCCUGCCAAGGCUGGAAGCUAAAGAAAAAUGUAAGCCACAGCUGUUGCACUUCUCACCUUAUACCAGAAAUCAGAUAGCUGCUAUCUUGCAGGAUCGACUUAAUCAAGUGUCUGGAGAUCAGGUUCUGGACAAUGCUGCAGUUCAGUUCUGUGCCCGCAAAAUCUCUGCUGUUUCAGGAGAUGUUCGCAAAGCGCUAGAUGUUUGCAGGAGAGCUAUUGAAAUUGUAGAGUCGGAUGUCAAAAGCCAGACUAUUCUCAAACCACUGUCUGAAUGUAAAUCAUCCUCUCAGUCUCUGGUUCCUAAGCGUGUUGGUCUUACUCACAUAUCCCAAGUCAUUUCAGAAGUUGAUGGUAACAGGAUGACUUUGGGCCAAGAAGGAACCAAAGAUUCCUUCCCUCUCCAGCAGAAGAUCUUGGUCUGCUCUUUGCUGCUUUUGACCAAGCGGUUGAAAAUCAAAGAGGUCACUAUGGGAAAGUUAUAUGAAGCCUACAGUAACGUCUGUCGUAAACAGCAGGUGGCAGCUGUGGACCAGUCAGAGUGUUUGUCCCUCUCAGGGCUCUUAGAAUCCAGGGGCAUUUUAGGAUUAAAGAAAAACAAGGAAACCCGCUUUACAAAGGUGUCUUUGAAGAUUGAUGAAAAGGAAAUAGAGCAUGCUCUGAAAGACAGAGCUUUAAUUGGAAAUAUCUUAGCUACUGGAUUACCUUAAAUUCUUCUCUUACACCCCACCCGAAAGUAUUCAGCCGGCAUUUAGAGAGCUAUGGAGUCUUCAUUUUAGUACUUUAUACACUCAGCACUACAGGCCAUGGCCCCCCUGGCUGCCUAGCUGGAACCCAUCGAGGAGUGGCAUACCUUUUGGUACCCUGAAGACCAGCUUUGAACCUUCCCAGGAAAGUGACAGCUCACAGAACUGCUGAACCA